CUCCCUCUUCUUCCCUCCUCCUUUCAUUUUUCUCUUAACAUGCUUCCAUUCAGCAGAAGAAACAAGAGAAAAUGCAGAUCAAAUCCAUGGCUCUCUCUUCUCCCACUACUCCUCUCCAAAACCCAUUUCUCAAAAAAAAAUUUAUCUCCUCAUUUAUCUUCAAGAACCCACCAUAUUUUUCCCUGCCUUUACCUCUUUCACCCCCAAGCUUACGCAUUUCAUAUCGCACCAGUCAACACUUCAGCCAGUUUAGAACUGCAUGCACAGCCGGCUCUGCUUCAGAAGUUACUGAUGAUGAGCUUGGAAAUGUGAGCGAGUAUGGUGGAAGUGAAGCUUUGGUUUCAGGGUCUGAGCGUGAAUAUGAAAAGGUGGAAGUUGUUAGGUCCAAGAGAAAGGAAUUGGCUGGCAAGAGCUUCUGGAAGCAAAUUAAGGAGAUUAUGAUGUUCUCGGGUCCGGCUACUGGAUUGUGGAUCUGUGGCCCGUUGAUGAGUCUCAUCUCCACAGCUGUGAUCGGUCGGGGAAGCUCCACGGAGCUUGCUGCAUUAGGUCCAGGGACUGUUUUCUGUGAUAAUAUGAAUCUUCUGUUCAUGUUUCUCUCAAUUGCUACUUCAAAUAUGGUUGCCACUUCACUUGCCAAACGGGAUAAAAAAGAAGUACAGCACCAAAUAUCCAUUUUGCUCCUUGUUGGAUUGAUUUGUGGCAUCUUAAUGCUUUUGUUUACACAAUUCCUUGGUUCAUGGGCACUAACUGCCUUUGCUGGACCAAAGAAUCUUCAUAUUGUACCUGCAGCUAGCAAAUAUGUUCAGAUUCGAGGCUUAGCAUGGCCAGCAAUUCUUUAUGGAUUGGUUUGUCAAAGCUCAAGUCUUGGCAUGAAAGAUUCCUUGGGACCUUUGAAUGCCUUGGUGGUUGCCAGUGCCGUAAAUGCCAUUGGUCAUCUAGUCCUGUGCAGCUGGCUAGGCUAUGGUAUUAUAGGAGCAGCAUGGGCAACAAUGACAUCACAAGUCAUUGCAGCUUAUAUGAUGACUGAAGCAUUGAACAAGAAAGGAUAUAAUGCUUUUGCUAUCUCAAUUCCUUCAACAGAUGAAUUUUCACAAAUAUUCAGCAUAGCUGCUCCAGUAUUUGUAACUAUGUUCUCAAAGGUGGCUUUCUAUUCUCUCAUGACAUAUUUUGCAACAGCAAAGGGCACAUUCACAGUUGCUGCCCAUCAGGUCAUGAUCCAAAUGUAUGGCAUGUGUGUGGUAUUCGGUGAGCCUCUCUCUCAAACUGCGCAAUCGUUCAUGCCUGAGUUACUAUAUGGAGUUGAAAGAAGUUUAGAGAAGGCUCAAAUGCUGCUUAAGUCGCUGAUGAUUGUUGGAGCUAUACUUGGAGUAGUAAUAGCAAGUGCCGGAGCGUUUAUUCCUUGGUUGUUCCCUAAUAUUUUCACCCAUGAUCUUAAUGUUAUACAAGAGAUGCACAAAGUGCUGAUUUUGUUCUUCAUUGCAUUAUCUCCAACACCCUGUACUCACAGUCUUGAGGGAACACUGCUGGCUGGACGUGAUUUCAAGUUCAUCAGUUUAUCAAUGAGCGGAUGCUUUUCACUGGGUGGUCUUCUAUUAUUGCUUGUAAGCAGCAGAGGAUAUGGUCUGCCUGGCUGCUGGUGUGCACUAGUAGCAUUCCAAUGGGGCCGAUUUUUCUUCGUUCUGCAACGCCUUCUAUCUCCACGAGGCAUGCUCAGCUCCAAUGAUACAACAGAGUUUAAACUUGGGAGACUAAAAGCUGCUUAGUUUCUUAGUCCAUUAUCAGAUUUAUGUAUCACAAAAUCUCAGGUUUACAUACACCCCAUUCACUCAAAUAAGUACAAGUAGCCAUAUUCUUUUAUCCUAGCUGCCAAAGAUCAAGCUUGUCCUUGCAGAAGCAAGCUUAUCCGGACAUAAGCUAAGGUAGCCAAGUAAUAAUUCUGCAAGAACUGAUUAAGGUUCUGUAUUUGUUGAUGGGAUAGUUUAGUUAUGUGCCAUGUAAUUUGAAGCAAUUUGCUUCUUGGGUAUUCAUUAAUUAAAACAUUGAAAGCUUAUUGGCUUAUAA